AUGCGGCCGAUCUUGUCGUUGUUCCGACACACAGCUACCAAAGCCUCGUGGCAGCUUCCUGCGCGAAAUAUCCGCAAUAAUGAAUCCUCCCUAAAUUUCGACUCGAUCUGCGCAAGAUGUCGGCGACAACAGACCCGAUUCUACAGCUACAAGCAGCCAGCUGAUGAUCCCCGAUGGCUGUCUGUUGUUGAUCACCCCGCGCAGAUUGUUCGGACUGGCCAAAAACAUGGGCCAGGCCUCAUUAUUCUGGCUCUCAUCCCUAUUAUUUCCUUUGGCCUUGGGGCGUGGCAGGUCCAGCGUCUUGAGUGGAAGACCAAGUUGAUUGCAAAGGUCGAGGACCGCCUUGUCAAGCCCCCUCUGCCGCUUCCUCCACGAGUCGACCCGGAUGCCAUUUCGGAAUUCGACUACCGCCGAGUACUUGCCACCGGCCACUUCCGACAUGACCAGGAGAUGCUUGUGGGACCCCGGAUGCGGGAGGGCGAGGACGGAUUUUUGGUUAUAACACCUCUGGAGAGAGGUGAAGGACAGAGUACCGUCCUGGUUAACAGGGGCUGGAUCUCCAAAAAGGCCAAGAGCCAGAAGGACAGAGCUUUGGGUUUGCCCCAAGGAGAGGUCACUGUGGAAGGAUUGCUGCGCGAGCCGUGGAAGAAGAACAUGUUUACGCCCGAUAACAAGCCCGAGGAAGGGAAGUUUUACUUCCCGGAUGUCUAUCAGAUGGCUGAAUACACGGGCAGCCAGCCCGUGUGGAUUGAAGAAACUAUGGUGCCGGACUUGCUUGAGGCGUAUGACCGGGAGGCGAAGGGCAUUCCCAUCGGCCGGGCUCCCGAGGUCAAUCUCAAAAAUAACCACACUCAAUACAUUUUCACCUGGUUUGGACUUUCCUUUGCAACCUCCAUCAUGCUGUGGAUGAUCAUCAGGAAGCGACCGAAUGAAGCCAUUCGACGGGUCCGCCAGAAUAAAAGCUGGUGA